AUGGCACGAUCGAGUGAGAAAGCCACCUUUUCGGUGGGGAGAAGAUUUUCGGCCGAGACUGGGCCGCUCAUCAAAUUAUAUGGUCUUCCCCUUGGAGCUGAUAAGACACCCCAUCAUGGACACCAGAAAGAGGAUGUCUGCCAGCCUGUGAACGCAGACUUACCUCCUCCUUGCCGGUGA